AUGUCUCCAGUACCCUUCGACGACUCUUCCCGCCAUAUUCCCCUUCUCUCUUCCACACUCCCUCUGCACCACCGAAGCAACAGCCAGAACAACCACCACCACCAACACCACAACGACGACGACCCAGACUACUACGACGACGGCGACGACGGCGACGACGACGACGACGGUGUCGAACUCAAAACAAUCCACAUCACUGACCACCAACAGCCUCGAUACAGCACUGACUACGACGACAACGACAACUCAGACGCCGAAGGCCACGACCCGACGACUAUGCCCGAAGUCGCAAAGUCCCCACUACAACCAACAGCAACCGAGGCCCUUCUCGAGCGCAGCUCCUUCAGCCUCGACGACGACCACGAUGUCAAGCCCGCCGCCGCCUCCUUCCUCACGCUCUCGCUCGCCGACCAGCGCAACUUUGCCCUCCUCGUCCUGCUCUACUUCCUGCAGGGCGUGCCCAUGGGGCUCGCAAUGGGCUCCGUCCCCUUCCUGCUCAAGCACAAGCUCAGCUACGGCGAGAUUGGCGUCUUCACGCUCGCCUCGUACCCCUACAGCAUGAAGCUGCUCUGGUCGCCCAUCGUCGACGCAAUCUGGUCGCGCCGCAUGGGCCGCCGGAAGAGCUGGAUCGUGCCCAUACAGACCGUCAGCGCGUGCAUGCUCAUCUGGCUCGGCGGCAAUGUCGACCGCCUCAUGGAGGAGGCGAGCAGCAAGCUGUACAUGUUUACCUUCGUCUUCUUUACGCUCGUCAUGCUGUGCGCGACGCAGGACAUUGCCGUGGACGGGUGGGCGCUCACGCUGCUGAGUCCCGAGAACCUCUCGUAUGCGUCGACGGCGCAGACGGUGGGGCUCACGGCGGGGCAGUUUCUAUCGUUUACCGUGUUUUUGGCGUUUAAUGCCCCGGAAUUCUCGAAUAGAUACUUUAGGACCGUGCCGCAGACGUAUGGCCUCAUGACGCUGAGCGGAUAUCUCAAGUUCUGGGGAUGGGCGUAUCUGAUCAUUACCCUCGGCCUCGCGCUGAUCAAGAAGGAGGAGAAGAACUCCAACCGCGACGGCAUCGCCGCAGUCUACAAGACAAUGUGGAAAGUCGUCAAACUAAAACACAUCCAAACCCUCAUAAUAGUCAACCUCAUCGGCAAAAUCGGCUUCCAAGCCAACGACGCCGUCACCAACCUCAAGCUCCUCGACAAGGGCUUCUCACAAGAAGACAUGGCGCUCACCGUGCUCAUCGACUUCCCCUUCGAGAUCCUUCUCGGCUACCAAGCAGGCAAAUGGAGCAGCACCUUCCCCCCCAUGACGCUCUGGACAUGGGCGUUCAUGGGCCGCCUCCUCGCCGCCGUCCUCGCCCACGUCACCGUCGUGCUCUUCCCCAAGGACGGCGUCGUCGACACGUGGUACCUCCUCGUCGUCAUCGCCGAACACGUCUUCUCCACAUUUACCAGCACGGUCAUGUUUGUGGCGCUCACGGCGUUCAAUGCACGUAUUGCGGACCCCGCCAUUGGCGGCACGUAUAUGACGCUGCUGGCGACGGUGUCGAAUCUCGGCGGUACAUUUCCGCGGAUAUUUGUGCUCAAGGCGGUGGACGCGCUCACCUCCGCCACCUGCUUCCCGCCGGAAAAAACAGUGGGAGGAGCAGCGGCGGCGUUUGAGCCGUAUAGUUGCGCGCUCGAAGCGCAGCGGCAGCAGUGCGGCGAGAUGGCGGGGCGGUGCGUGGUGGAGCGCGACGGGUACUAUAUCACGAAUGUGCUGUGCGUGCUGGUGGGGCUGGUCACGUUCGUGGCGUAUAUCAAGCCGGCGGUGGAGCGGCUGAGUGCGCUGCCGUUGAAGGCGUGGAGGGAGUAUAAUCCUGGCCGGGAGUAG